AUGGCGGGGCACGGAGUGAAGUUGGACACUCUUAAGGACUGUCUCCAGUUUCUGGAGUGGUUGCAUGAUCAUAAAAGUGCGAAAUACCUGGUGGCCCAUCGACUGGUGAGGCUUCUCAAGGAUAGAUAUAAAACGGUCGAUUCAUCGCAAAUUGUAGAGGCGCUGUCCCAAUUUCUUAAUCCUGUAUCAACCUUUCAUAAGAGGUUAUGCAAUAAAGCAGAGACGAGCAAAACUAUACCCAACAACAAUAAGGAAGCCCUCAACGCUCUUCUGGAGUGCAUUCCGAAAAUGCUCGCUGCAACAUACUUUUUGCGGUACAAUGUUGAUGAAGCAUUCAAAGGACUGGGUGGAGGGAAUUGGGCAAGUGAGCCGGUUGGGGCGGUUGCAAUGUACGCUAUCCUUCGCCAACCGCCAAACAUGUAUAUGAAACUCGCGAGUAAAAUUGAUGAAUAUCUUAUUGCCAAAGACAUGUCUCAAGAGUACGGUGUAAUGCCUGGAGGAUUCGCGGCGGAUGCAUUAAAGCCAGAUUAUAAGGGUGAAUAUAAACAGGGAAAAGUUAUGACAGGUGACCUUAUACGUAUAUUACACAAAGCGACGAAUAUACAAAAUUAUUUCCUCGACGUUUAUUCAACUACGGUGUUGCCCACAUCUGGCUACGACACGCCGAAUGUAGCCAACGCCCUUCGUCUGGUGCGAGAUUUUUGUUGGAUAUUUGAAAACGUGCAGCAAGACGAUUUCAAAAGUCACUUAUAUACAAGAGAGAAGUGUAUUGAUUGGCAAAAAUUAACGGAGCACUGCAAAAAACUCAAAGGUCCUCUUGGCAAUAUUUUCACCGGUAAACGCUUUUCCUUCACAGGGUUCGGGCGCGAUCUUAACGACCUAAAAAAACAUAAUAUUGCUAAGAAGAUGGCGAGCUGGUUUAAAAAGAAUCUGGGCAUAGUUAAACAGAAGUUAGAAGAGAUUGAGCCUUUUACCAGCAAAUCCAGAAAGCAAAAUCUUAAUAAUAAACGUAGCGUGCUGCAGCAAUAUUACACCGAACUUAGUAAAUAUUUUACCAAAAGCCUAUUUCCCUACGGAUUUACAUUCGAUGGAACCAAAUUUGAAGCGGGGACCACUCAUUAUGACGAUUUGAAAAGGCACUGGGACAGCGCAAUCGGUGUGCUUAAAGACAAGAAAGAAGGUUUGGAUGAGCUUGUAGAAAUUUUGAAGGGUCAGCAAUGCUCACUAAAACAACACGAGAAAGAUGAUGAGGAGUCCGAAGAUGAGCAUGAUGAUGAUGUAAUGUUGAUAGAUGAAGAGAAUCUGCCUGUCACCAAAACCGAGGCCUCCAAGCCUGUGAUCACCAAAUCCGAGGCGCCGAAGCCAACUGCGACUAAAGCUCAGACUGCUGAAAAUGGCAGUGCGCAGAACCAGGGCAAGAAAGCGGAACAAGGUACACCCGCCGCAACUCCAAAAGCUGCAGUCACUCAGCCUUCAAGUCUUUCAGAUUCAAACUCUGCGUUACCUCGCGGCCCUGAUCCCAGUAGUGGGCAGGAACCGGGUGGGAAGGGGUCUGCUUCUCGCGCUGCUCAAGGAAGCGAUCAAAAUGGUCCGACAGCUGCAGGCGGUUACACUACAGCGCCAACUGUUGAUGCUUCAAGCGGCGGUGGAGCGUCGGGAGGGAGUGGGGACAAUCGUCCACAAGGUGGCCAGAGCCAGCGAUCUGAUGGUUCUGUGACAUGUUCUGAUGGCGUAAAAAUACAAAAUUUUUUCAAAGGAGGAGAUCAAUGCUUUAGACAACCUAAUAUGCCUUACCGCAAGCCUUUCUCCACGCAAACACUUCAAAAUAUAAAUAAGAUAGGUCCUCGUAACUAUUCACCUACAGCCUCGAAAAAUAGAACUACUCCCCCAACACCUACUCUCUCCACCCUUCCAGCCGUCCUGAUCCCGGACUUUACCCUCGACUUACCGGUGGCAGUGCUGGUCAUGGGCGUGAUUACUAUGAACCAGGUGGUGGGCGAGACGUACAGCGGAAUAGGAAUCUUCCAAGUUAUGUAUUUGCAGAUGGUGCACCAGUGGAUGAUCCGUUAG